AAUCCAAUGUGGCUUAAAUUUAUAUAUUCAUGUCAAAUCCUACUUACCCGUGUAUACUCUUAUAAAUUAAGAACAAAACAUUCAGGUAAGGUAUCAAAACGAGCACUAUGGGAUCUCUUCGUGUCGGUAGCCCGCAAGAGCUACUCAGAGCUCAAUCCCAUAUAUGGAACCACACAUUUAGCUUCAUAAACUCGAUGUCACUGAAAUGUGCCGUAGAGCUCAACAUACCUGAUAUCAUUCACAAUCACGGCAACUCCAUCACUCUCUCCGAUCUAUCGAACUCUCUAUCCAUUCCUCGAUCGAAAGCUCCUUGUCUCCGACGCCUCAUGAGCCUCUUGGUUCAUUCCAAAUUCCUCUCCGAAGAGAGAAUUGGUGUCAACAAUGAAGAAUCAGUUUUUUCUCUGACCGUCGUUUCUCAAGUUUUUCUGACGGAAAAUAAAAGUAAUGCUUCUCCGUUUCUCCUCUUAAUGUUGGACCAAAUUCUUCUUCGUCCGUGGCAUUUUCUUAGCGAGUGGUUCAAAGGCGACGAGCCCACUACCGCCUUUGAAAUAGCACACGGGGUGCCCGUGUGGGAUGCUAUGCGAAAAAUGGUAGGAUUUAGUGACAUGUUCAUCGAGGGGAUGUCGAGCGAUGCUAGUUUUACGACGGAGAUCAUAGUGAGGGAUUGUGGCGAGGUGUUCCGAGGGUUGAGGUCUUUGGUUGACGUCGGAGGGGGCACGGGCACAUUGGCACGUGCAGUCGCCAGGGAGUUCGGUUUGAAAUGCGCCGUGCUCGAGCUUCCUUAUGUGGUCGAGGGGUCGGAGGAGAGCGAGGAGGUGAAGUUCGUCGGAGGAGAUAUGUUCGAUUACGUGCCAACGGCGGAUGCGGUAUUGCUCAAGUGGGUUUUACAUGAUUGGAGUGAUGAAGAAUGUGUGCAAAUACUCAAAAAUUGCAAGGAGGCUAUUCCUCUUAAAGAAGAAGGUGGUAAAGUGAUUAUAAUGGAAAUGGUUAUGGACUCGAGCAUUGUUGGUCAUGAAUUAGCUCAGACCCAAUUUCUCUUUGAUCUUCACAUGAUGGCUCAUACAACUGGCAAGGAAAGAUCUGAACAAAUGUGGCAGAAAAUUUUCAUGGAUGCAGGUUUCAGGGGAUAUAAGAUUUUGCCUAUUUUGGGUUUAAGAUCAGUUAUUGAAGUUUAUCGUUGAUUUAUAUAACACUUUUGGCUACGGUUUGAGUCCAAAAAGAUAACUAGCUCGUUUUACAUUUUGCUUAUCUGAAAACAUAUAUGAUGUCCAUAGUCAUUUGUAGUGUGUGUGUUUGUUUAAGUUUAACGUAUGUGUCAGUGAGUAUUUCUCUCCCACUUCGUCAUGUUCAUAUACAUAAGGCAAUUGUAUGUGUUGUAGUAUAAAAUUAUAACUCUCAGCCUUUACAUAACUUUGGAGUUUUCGUGGGUAAGAUGUCAUUAUUUAAUUCCAAGGAAAGGUGAGCGAUUCUAAUUUCUUCCGAAUAUAUGUAAAGAUGUUACAUUUAUAUCUGCGAUUCUACUGAACUAAUUUAAAAUCAUGAAGAACAGAAGAUAAUUUAAAAUCCUAGAAGAGGAACCAACAUCAUGCCUUGAUACUUAGAUUGAGCGAACAAAAGGCCCAAGAAAAAAUAGUCUAUGCUUCAAUCUCAAGCGGGGAUAGGGAGGAGCAAAUGUUGAAGUAUUUGUC